CGCCCGGGAAAAUGAGUGGUAGGUAGCACUCUCCAAAGUGCAUACAAAUCCCCCUGUCUCUCGUCUCUCGGUAGGCCAAGAAAACCAGCGGCCAGACAAUUUUCUGAGCGCCAAAUUGAUUAUCAUGGUAAGGGUAAGCCCCGUUAUGGAGGGUAUGCCCCCUCCUAAUCGGUCUUCGACUUCGAGUAAACCGCCGCCCUCUGUCGAUACGGCCGUCUCGACCGACAUGUCCGAAGACGACCUGCCGCACCCCAUCUCACCCACUGGUUCUCACGGGCAGCAGCCGCAUUCGCCAACAAAUAGUGUUCACUCGGUGUCUGAAGAUCCAGACGGUGGUGCUGGAGGUAGUGGCACUGCCGGGGAAGCCCCGUCUGUCCCCGCGCAGAAACGUCGUCGGGUAACACGCGCUUGCGACGAAUGCCGGCGCAAAAAGAUCAAAUGCGACGGCAAACAGCCAUGUACCCAUUGUUCUGCGUACAGCUAUGAAUGCACCUACGAUAAACCAUCAAAUCGUCGAAGGAACCCAGCCCCGCAGUAUAUUGAAGCUUUAGAAAGCCGACUCCACCGUGCCGAGACGCUUCUGCGGACGUUUAUCCCCGAUGUAGACCUGAGCGAUCCUAACCUCGACCCUGCCGUCCAGCAAGAAUUUCGCAACCGGGAACUGGCUCGUGUCCAAACCAAGUUGCGGCCGGACCAGGUACCAUCUCCCGACAAGGAAGACGCUCAACUUCUCUCCAUGAUCGAGUCAAUCGGCCAGCUAGACUUGGACGAUCAGGGUGGCUGGGAUUUCCACGGCGUAUCGUCUGGUGCCGUGUUCCUACGACGCAUGAAAGAGCACUUCCAGGGCCUCAUGGGACCCGGCAACCAACUUCCAUUUCUCCCACGGAAAGCGCGACUCCAAGGCCUUUUGCAUCAUGGCUCGGGUGCUUCGACGGGAAGCUCCCCCUGGGAACCGACAUCAUCCCACGUACCGGAGCUGCCGCCGAAAGAAUACGCACGCAAACUUUGUUAUUACUCGCUCAACUGCGCGACAUGUUUGGUUCGCAUUGUUCACAUUCCCAGCUUCUAUGAAAUGUUUGAUCGCAUCUACGAGGAGCCCUACGAAAACAUGACGCAUGAGGAGCGGAGGUAUCUAGGACUGCUCUACGCCGUUAUGGCCGUGGGAUGCAUGUACGACAACUUCGACGACAGCGGCCCACAGGCGGCGUAUCAACAAACGGUGGAACAAGGCUCCCAAUACUACAAUGCUGCCCGACACGUGCUGCAGGACAUCACCGAAUGUCGGGAUCUCACCUCCCUACAGGCGCUUCUCUUCAUGAUCCUGUUUCUCCAGGCCACUUCCAAUCUCAGCGGGUGCUACGCAUUCGUCGGCAUCGCCCUUCGCUCCGCCGUUCGCAUGGGCCUGCAUCGAAAUCUUCAACACGAGCAAAUCACCGUCAUUGAGCAACAGGUCCGACGAAGAGUGUUCUACGUCGUUCGCCAGAUGGACAUUUACGUAUCCGCCAUGCUGGGGUUCCCCCUUUUACUGAACCCCGAUGACAUGGACCAGCCUUAUCCUACCGAAGUCGACGACGAAUACAUUACCAACGACGGCAUCAUCCAGCCCCCUCCCGGCACGAUGAGCUUUUUCGAGGCGUUCAAUGCGCAUACGAGACUGAUGGAAAUUCUUGCCCGGGUUAUCAAGUAUGUUUACCCCCUGAAAGGCCUGGGCCAAUCUGCCACGGGGGGGGACAAGCCGGGCACGACAUAUCAUAUCAGCUACGCUAGCAUCAAGAAAAUCGAGGGCGAACUGCAGCAGUGGUACGUCGACUUGCCGGAGCAGUGGCGGCCGAGCUCAGAGGGUUCGAUGGAGGUCAUCCGGGUCCGUCACCUUCUGAGAUUCUCGUAUGCCCAUGUACAGCUGGUUCUCUACCGACCUUUCCUGCAUUACGUCUCGCCCCGCCUGAGCCUCGGAAAGCAUGUGGAUGAGCUGUCGUACGCGUGCGCAGCCGCGGUGGUUAGCGUCUCGCGGAACAUUGUCCAUAUCGGCAUCGAGAUUCGAAGGCAGGGCGUACUGGCUGGACCAUACUGGUUCAUGCUGUAUGCCGAGUACAUCUCCAUUCUCUCCUUGGUAUUCUACGCCGUGGAGAAUCCGGAGAAGCUUGGGUCUGGUGACGUCUUGAGCGACGCAAAGGCGGGCAGAGACAUGAUCGAAGAGCUGAAGUCGAAGAGCCAAGCCGCCGAGAGAGUGGCAGGUGCGCUCGAUGUUCUCUUCGACCAACUACCCCAGCGGCUUCUGCAGGCAAGGGCCCAGACGAUACCCACGAAGAAGCGAUCGGCACCCUCGCCGAAGGCUGGUUCCAUUCCUGGUUAUGGUCAUCAUCCGGGGCUUGGGCUUCGAUCUACUCUUAGCCAACGGCGAUCCGAAGAGCUCGUCCGACCUGCCAGCUCUUCUUUACCCAACGGGGGCAUGUGCCACGCGCCCAUGCAGGGAUCGUUCGGAAGCACAUCCCGAGAGACGCCGUUCGUGCCUCACUCGCAGGAGAUUCUGCCGACGGAUGCGGGAUCGCAGACACCGGGCAGCACGAGUUCCGGGCCUAGUUCGCAGGCUGCGGGCCAGGCGUUUCCACCAACACAUCCGAUGUACACCAACAACUCAAUUAACAGACUCGAUUCAUUGAUGUUCCCGUCGGAGGACCCGUUCGCAUACCCGAACCAGCCAAUGCUUGAAUUGGGCUACUCGAGAGCAGCAGCACCGACAGCAGGGUCAUCGGGUCCGGGGCCAGCGCACUCGCGUGUCGGUGCCCCGCUGGACGCAUCUCCGUUUCCGAUGACGGGGGCAUUCGAGGGCAUGGAUCCGCAGCAACUUUUAGACGCAGCGACACCUUUUUUCGUGCAGCAGCAGCAGCAGCAGCAGCAGCAACAACAGCAACAAUCUCAUCAGGUUCCGCUCGGGCUGGACCCAUCGAACAUGCACCAGAAUCCCGCAGCGGGUGGGAUGCCGGGAGACGCGCAACGACUGGAGCUAGCGCGGCGCGCGGCCCAGAUGCAACGGCCGACAGAUUACAGAGAACUUGAACGCAUGCUGGCGGCGUCGGGACGACAACAACAGGGGGAUUGGGGGGACAUGUUUGGUCGGGAAGGAUAUCAGAACAUGUGAACCGGGCCCAAAGGGGGAGGGAAGCGCCCGAUAUUCUUUAAUGAA